CUAGUUGAAGAUGCAUCGAGGAAUCCAUCCGGUCUGUGAUGAAAAUACAGGCCCCAGUCAAUCAUUCCUACGCGGGGAGAUCCAGCGAUUCAUGUGCGGAUUAUUUUCUCGACCGACCGACCGACCCACUUCCGAACCGUCCAGGUGUCGCGCCGGAGAGCUCGGGAUCGCUCUCUCAAGCUGCUGACCUGAUGUGACUGAACGUGGCUGCUCCUUCAACGGGACUUCGCACUUUCAAGACACUUCUUCAGCAGGCCUGGUUUUUACUCCGUCAGCAUCCCGACAGAAUAAUGUCAUCUGGUUAAACUUUAUCACAGGCAUCUGAAUUUUAUCGCCCUGCUAGCGGGAAUUCAUAGACGUUGAAAAUGAUGCAUUUUUCUCUUUUGACUUUCCACCUCUAACCAUAAACCACCCGAGUAAAAGUCUGACUCGAGUCCAGGUCCCACGUCUCAAACUGUGUGAGGUAGUUUCCUUAAUGAAGUCAAGACCUCGAACCAGAUCCAUGGACAGACAGUCUGAAGAUAAAUCACCCAGUGUGCUCAGCGUUUGAAUGUGAUUAACCAGAGAACUCCACCUAACGUUCAGCCUGUCAAUCCUUCUGUCAGGUGAAGAGCUGCCGCCCGGACUCUCUGCUCUCUCCCGGUUUGGGCCUCCACCCUUCAUACUGGGACUCCAGCCAGAGCUCCUCUGUGAUUUAGUGCACUGACCACAUGCAGCCGCUGCCAUAUGCUUCAGAUGACAGCUCAUAUUUAAAGCUUAUAAAGAUGAGGAACUUGCAUCACGCUAGAGGAGGAUGCCACCGAUCAGAUUACUGCUGAAACCAUUUAUCGGUUAACAACAACCAAAAGAAACCAGAUAAAGAUAUUGACAUGAAGAAAGACAUUGAGACUCUAAUAGCAGAGGAACGUGCUGAUAUCAUCUUGAAAUAUGCUACGGGCAGGCAGGGCGGGGUGGAGAUCGACCCUUGGGAGGAUGCCGACUACAGCAUCUACAAAGCCAUCGACCGCUUUGGCUUCAUGCAUGAGGACGAACUACCAGCCCCGACUGCACAUGAGGAGAAGCUGAAGCAGCUGGAGAUCGAGAGAGCGGAGAAAUGGUUGAAGAUGGUGAAGAAGUGGGAUAAAUACAGGAACAGCGACAGGAUGGUGAAGCGGGUGUAUAAGGGCAUUCCCCUGCAGCUCAGAGGCCGGGCCUGGUCACUGAUGCUGGAUGUGGAGAGGACUAAGAGGGAGAACGAGGGUAAAUACGAGAAAAUGAAGGAGCAGGCCAGACUCUACUCAUCUGAGAUCAAACAGAUCGACCUGGACAUCAACAGGACCUUUCGAAACCAUAUCAUGUUCAUGGAUCGCUUCGGAGUCAAGCAGCAGUCUCUCUUCCAUGUUCUUUCUGCGUAUUCAGUCUACGACACAGAAGUCAGCUACUGCCAGGGCAUGAGUCAGCUCGCCGCCCUGCUGCUCAUGUUCAUGAACGAAGAGGAUGCCUUCUGGGCCCUGUCACAGCUGCUGACCAAUCAGAAACACGCCAUGCACGGAUUUUUUGUCCCCGGGUUUCCCAAACUUCAGCGAUACCAGACACAUCAUGAUCAGAUUAUUUCCAAACUCAUCCCCAAACUGAAGAAACAUCUGGACAGAGAGCAGAUGUCUGCAGGGAUUUACAGCACUAAAUGGUUCCUACAGUGUUUCAUUGACAGGACGCCGUUCACCCUCACCCUUCGUCUGUGGGACAUUUUCAUCCUGGAGGGAGAGAGGCUGCUCACCGCCAUGUCUUACACCAUCCUGAAGAUACACAAGAAACGUCUGGUGAAGAUGUCCCUGGAGGAGCUGAGAGAGUUUCUGCAGGAGCGGAUCGCUCAGACUUUCUUCUACAGCGACGACGUGAUCGUCGAGCAGCUGCAGGCCGCCAUGGCCGAACUGCGAAAAAUGAAGCUGGACCUUCCUCCGCCAGGGAAGUCUGAGGAGUUGCCUCGUAAGCCUCUGGGUCAGGAGCUGCCGGUGCUGCUGAGUCCGGUCCAGCCCUCCAGAGGGAAGCCGUCCUCGGCCAGUGGGUUCCCCAGAGCUGGCCUCAGCCUCCACAUCAUCUCCCACCAGCCCGACUCCAUAUCCCUUGACCAGAGCCCCUCCAAGGACCCGAGGGAUCUCGACGCUCUAGAGGAGGAGGAGGCCCCACUGCCUUCCCCAGACCCCGUCCUCAUCCACAGCCAGGCCCCGCUCACCCCUGACGGCUCCCCACUCAUGGGGCCUCCGCCUUAUCAGCCCCCAGGGAGCCAAACAGUGGUCACAGCGGAUCAGCCGUCACUCCCAGAUCAGGAGAAGGAUGAAAUGCGACCUGACGCAGCUCCACAGAUCGCAGGUGCACUCUUGCUGACCUCUGCAGAAGACUCCUCUGCAGCCGUCGGCACUGAUCGAUCCUCCUGCCGCGCCCAACGGACUCUUUCGGCGCCCAGAGUCCAGGUGGCCCCGCCGGCUGAGGGUCUGUCGGCAGCAGAGAUGGCUGAGGACAGUUACCUGGUCCAGCUGCUGGAGCAGGCCUCAGCUCUGUGCACCAACAGGAAUCUGAACCAGGACUCGAGUACGGCAUCAGAGGAAACACAGGCCUCAGACGUUUCGUGAAAUGAGCGCCAGAAGGCAGACCAUCAGUUUACUGAUGAUGUUCCUUAUCCAGUUAUUGGAUUAUGUGUCAGUGGAAGAGCUUACCAGUGAGGUUUUGGUGAAGAACUACAGAAGUACACUAUGAUGUAUCAGUCAGAUUAUCAGCGUCAAGCAAUAAUUGCUUCAAAAUGUUCCAUGAGUUUCAGGGCCAAUACUAAUGUUGGUGCUCUAAUUUGCCAAUUUUGAAGAGGUAAUGUUACUAUUCUCCCUUUCCUUAACUUUCUGAAAAGUUUUGUAGUGACUGUAAGAAGCGUUUUCUGCCUUUAGAAAUUUAAAUCUGUUUUCAUGUGAAGCGACAGUGUGACCGUAUUUACUUUCCCCUAAAAAAAAGUGCAAAGACGAGCAUGUUUGAAAACAUCGGUGAACAUUCUCAGUCACGGGAUUAAAACCUAUUUUAGUGAGCUAUUUACUGUAUGAAGCUUCAUACGCCGGCUUUCAGCAGGAAAGUGAUGUUGUGGAAGAUUUUCUGCAAAAGACUCUGAACACAGUUAAACCCACCAAGACACUGACGGGGUUAAUGUGAAAUAUAUCCUAAGUUACAGUGUAGGAGACAAAAAAAACCUUAUCACAAGAAGUCAAAGGAGAGUGUCAGUAGAGAAGUCUUCUUUGAUAGUGUUUCUUGAGACAAAGAACUUGGUCCCAAUUGAUCAUCUUUGAUUCUACCCAAACUAAUCAUUCCAAUAAGAUAGAAACUUAUAUAAUGUUCAUGUGCUGUCCAUGCACUGGUCAUAAACUAAACAUGAGGCAAGCAUAGCUUAGCUUAUUUCCAUUUAUGGCCAAACUGCAGGCUGCUCCAUAUGUAGGUUCCCCUGAGCUCAUAAAACAUCUAUCUGAGGCCCCUCAGAGAGACUUGAAACUCCUACAGGUGCAUGGCCAGUGUGGAUAAAUGAUGAACCAACUUUUUCUUUCACAGUGAUGACUCCUGGGCUUGAGGGUGACAUUGCUGUUUUACGUAUCAGAGUAUUAACCAGCAGUAACAUUUAAAAUGCUCCACUGUUUUCCGUGGAGGUUUAACGUGUAUAAUAUAGGCAACAAAGUUACCGAGGUUGUGUGAGUGAAAAUAUGAUGCCAAGAUGAAUAGAAAGUUUAAAUCUCAUAAUGAUAUUCACCAGUAAUUAAGUGGCCUCGUACACUGUAUGUAAACAGCCACUGUAUGUGAGCCACUCACAUGGCUUAAAAAUGAGUCUAUAUUUAAAUGAAAAGAGCAGGAAAUUUGACUCAGCUGCAUGAAACUAACCAAGUCAGUCCUAUCCAAUCACAUUGGUUUAUAGUACCUAUAAUAGUGCUGCAUCUUGCCCUUAUGGUGCAGCAUUGUACACGGAGCAACAGUGUCCCAAACCCACACCGAUUUCUCCUGGGACAGUGUGGGUUUUCCUCUGCACCCUGCACGAGUUCUCUCACGUAAAAUUACUCAUUUUUGGUUCAAAUGGCUUCCUUUAAUGAGCCGGUAGUCACCGUGCAUUCGCAGAUAGUCCCUCCGCGCACAGGUGUCUCCGCCUAAAUGCCAUCUCAUGCAGCUCCUCACGGGGUAAACACCUCGGGAGCUCUCCUAAAUCUCAGCUCAGAUCGAAGCGAAGUGAAGAAAAAGCUUUUACUCCCAGGCUCCAAAGUAGGACCACAUACAGGAUGUCCUACUGUCCAUGAUGUCCUGGACGCUCGAUAAAUAUGAGCCCAGUUUGUCCUCUGUGGCUCUGGAGGAGCUUCGUCAAGUCUGACAAAAUAACCCUGGUGUCCUCAGGGCUGUCUCGACCCGGGCUUGGGGAAUACAGAUUUGUAACAGAGAGCCCGCAGUACAAACUGGGGACUGGGGACGAGUCUAAAAGUGUUGGCGUUUACCAAGCACGGAGGGCCUAAUGAAAGAUGCUAGUGAGCUGCAUUGUGGGAAGUGUAGUAUCUAGUGUUUUGAAACUCCCAACAUUUGCUGCUUUGAUUUUGACCAAUCUUUUUUUUAACUCGUCUCCUGCAAGUAACCAACUUUAUGGAAGUGGAAUAUUUCAAAAUAGUAAUAAAUCAAGAUAGGAACGCAGCGUUGUUUUGACAUCUAAAUCUGCAGCUGCUAUCAGAAUGACAGCGUAACGGGUCAACUCCAUGAAUGUGGUUUCACUUGCAGAGAAAUUACAAAUAUUGGAAAUGAUUGAUUAUCAGAUUACUUAGACCAGAUGCUCGAGCCCGCAGGUGAAAACCCCGCAAUGUACAGAACAAGUGUACCUCACAACCUCACAUUCCACUACACCACCACCCCUCCCACUGCCUUUCUAAAGGUUUCCCUGUUUUCUCGUUUCUCUCACUUUUCGUGCACAAAGCUUGUUGUUUGCAUUCUGAGAAUUUGUGCUCAUUCCCAGAAUUAGCGAGACCUGGCUCUCACAGGAGAGGUCGGAUGACAAGGAGACCGAACCGCCAUCUGCUGCUUCGGUCAAGACACCUUACGGGACUCUGGAGCAUUUGACAUCAC